AUGGCUCUUGGGCCACGGCUCUCCCUCGGCCAAGCGGCGGCGGCGCCAGCGCUGGCCUUUCUGCUCCUCUGGCUUCCUGGCGGCUGCCCUCCAGCCUUGGCAGAUGCUUCUCCCCUUCUGCAGCCACCACCCCUGCUGGUCACUUGCUUGGGCCCUCAUGGACACGUCUCACAACGACAGAACAAGGAGCACUGGAUCACCUGCUUAUGGAGUAAAACUAUGAAUCUGCAUUACCAGCCAGCCCCCAGAGCAAAGCUGCAGCCACAGCCCCCACCACAUUGUUCAUGGUACCUGAACUCAUCCUGGGUGAAGAAUACAUCUCAUUGGUCAGGGGAACUUGUGCUGCAGACAGGCCUCCUGCCUGGAAGCAGGCCACCAGCCACAGCUUCCAGCUUCAUUACAAUGCACUGCUUAUCAGCUUCAUGCGCUGCUCCUGCAUGCCUUCAUCACAACUUAAGCAUUGAGUUGUCCAGGCAGGACAUGCGGCUGUUUGUACUUUGGCCACACGUUCACCUGAUCCACCCAGGGGAGCCGGUAGAGCUGGGCUGGUGUGCACGCCUCAAGAGCGCAAAGUGGCAAUACCGUUUUAGCAGCCACGGAAGCAACCCAUCUGCCCUUCUCGUUCCCAGCAAUGAGUAUGAAGAGACACUACCACUCUAUGCUUACCCAGGAGCUGAGGUGCAACAGGUCUGUGCAACAUAUUACAACUACCGUUUGACUGUACGCUACAGGCACCAUGGGCUCCAUUUAGCUUCAGUCAGCAUUGAGCAGAUGCCGCACAUUAGCCUCAAGCUCUCUCUCAACAUCGAGCCUAACUUGCAGCAUGUUCUCAGUAUCAGUUCCAAGCUCCUCAGCAUUCCUCACCAGCCCCUUAGCCUCUCCUGGAGUCUUCAGCCUCUUGGACUUAGGACACUGGCCUACAGGCUGCGGGAACCACAGGGCCUAGGAGGUUGGUUCAGUUCCUACAAUUCUUUUACUUUCCAGAGCAACUUCUGUGCGGUACCUGCGCUUCCACAGCUUGGUGAGAUGCUGGUGGCGAGCCUCUACUUUCCUGUUGAUGGAAAGAAUUUCAAAAACUUGACAGGAGAAUUACAUCUAGUCAAUGGGACACUGGGCAUAACUGCAACUGGAGAAACUCCAACCUAUGUCAACCUUCACCCCGGCAAAACCAGGAGAGGCACUUACAUUUUCAGAUAUAGCCAUGGAACUCUUUAUACAACUGAAGAAAACAUCAGUUCUACAGAUGGCUCUAACACACGCUACCUUUUCUACCAGCACCAGGAGCUUUCCUACUUAUUCUCCAUUGAGUUUGUGAAAUUUCAUUGGUAUAAAUUCAAUAUUUACCUUUAUAUCAAUCAAAAUAGAUCUUUGGUAGACAGAGAUAUUGAAGUCCACAUUUUCAACAGCAGUCCUUCAUUUCUGGAGAACUUUAUUUAUUUAGUGUGGUUUAUUCCUGUACAGCAUCCCAUGCUACAAUGCGAGUGGACCUUCAAUCUGCAGUUAUUUGGAACAAAAAGAGCCCAUCUUAUUCAGAAUAACAGUUAUAUAUACAACGAUCAUGUAAGUAAUGCCGCACGGUUUGUCCGUCGCUCUGUUUUGCCUUUUGAUCCAGAAAAGUAUGCAGGGUUUGUGGCAAAAGUGAACUGCACGAGGAAUGGACUGACACCUGCUCUUUUACGAGUAAGAGUGAAUAAUUAUGCCUCAAAAACCAUAGGUCCAUUGGUGGCUUGUCAGGAAAAGCACUGUAGAUUAGAAAAGGUUUGGAUUCAGAGACCUAGUGUUCAUAUUUCUCUCUUACGUCAUAAAAAGGGGGCAAGUUUUUACCUGUUCACCAGAGUGCUGGUAGGCUGCAAAGACAGUUUAAUGAUUAGGCCUUUGUGGCGAAUUUAUCCUGUUGAGGAUACAGAAGCUAUCCCAGACUGGUCAAGACCUAUAGACUCAUCUAUGAUGCAGGGGGUAGAUACCAUACGCAUAUCUGUUCCAGGUUCUGCUUUAGAUUAUGGGCUGUAUCUUUUUCAUUUCUCUAUCAAUAUAAGGGCAUAUUGGAAUAAAAUAGAUCUCAAUGGCUCAGAUAGCAUUUAUAUUCAGAUUGACAGAACUGAUCUAAUUGCAAAUAUUGCAGGAGGCACUUUCCGGACAGUGGGUUUUUCUGACAGGUGGACUCUAGAUGGCUCCUCAUCCUCUGACCCUGAUUCAGUAGAAGGACUAAAGGGAAUCAGUUUUACUUGGUACUGCACUAGAAAGCUAUCAGACUAUGCAAACAUGAAAUUGAGUGCAGGAAAGAAGUGUCAUCCAGCUCAGAGAAAUUUGAAAUGGUUAACAUCUUCAGGUCCAGUUCAGACAGUGGCACCAGAAACCAUCCACGGAAACACUAUAAAUUACUUUCGUCUAGUGAUACAGAAAGAUACAAGACAGAGUUAUGCUGACCAAACUGUUCAUGUGAAGUCUGGAUCCCCACCUGUUCUGAGUGUGGUUUGCCUUGAAAACUGUGGUAAAACUGUAAUCCCAACAGAAAGACUUACGUUAUCUGGAAAAUGCCUAAACUGUGGAAGAGGCAGCCAAACAGUCUAUCACUGGUCCCUUUUUCCUGCAGAAAAAAAUUCCACAGAAAUUAGAUUUGACUGGUUGUCCAGAACCUCAACAGGGAGAUCUGGGCCUUACCUUUCUAUACAUGCUCUGAGUUUUCUGAAUACUGUGUAUCAAUCCUAUGUUCUGCUCUUAACAGUAACUACUUGGGACGGUAGGUCAUCAAUCUACAGAUACUCAUUUAAAUUAAAUUCUCCUCCAAGUACCGGGAAGUGUACCAUCACGCCACACCGGGGUACUGCAUUUGUGACAAAAUUUGUGGUUCGAUGCACUGGAUUUUCUGAUAUCAAUUUACCUUUGAUCUAUAAAGUAAUAGUGGCUUCUGAGGUACCAAAAACUACCAAAAUAAGUUCUUUAGAGGAAAAUACAUUUGGUACAAUUCUGUAUUAUGGUUAUUUGCCUGAAACUCCUCCUUCUUUUCUCCCAGUUGGAGUACCCUCUCAGAAGUAUACUUUGGGAAUCUAUGUUCAAGUCUAUAAUUCUCUUGGGGCAUUUAAACAAGUGAGUUUAUACGUAAAAGUGCAGAACCCAGUUGAAAGUCGACCAGUAGCUCUUGUGUUUCAUGAGCUACUUACCUCAGUAAGUGGUUUGAGUGCACCAAUGACAUCUUAUCUCCAAACUGGAGACUAUUUUAAUGCUGGCUAUUUGACUUAUAUUGCAGCCUCAGUUUUGAACUAUAUUAAAGCUGCACCAACUCUCCAAAUAUCUAAGGUUCAAUUUCGAGAAAACCUUAUUAAAGCAGCCAUGAAUAUCUCAAUGAAUAGCAUAAUAGAGAUGAAUCAAGUAGUUGCUUCUAUUUUUCAAGUCACAGAGGAAACUGAUGAAAUAAAUAUUAAAUUGCAAGAGCUUGCCAUUCAAAAACUGAUAGAAGUAACUGAAGUGCUGAAAAUACUAAGGAAUGAGAGCCAUUGGUCUGAACAAACAGAAAUUCAAACCAGUGGAAUACUAAGGUGCUUAUCCAACAUCCUGAGAGCUUCUCUUUUACAUCAGAAGAAUGUCAAUGUUGAUGGAAUUAAACAAGUUUUCUUUAUCAUGGAAAAUUUAACCGACAUAGUUUUGGAGGGCAAAGUCCCUGGAGAAAUAGAAACUGUAAUGGAAACACAAAAAUGAAAUAUCACUCUGAACCUGAAAAAAGAGAAUUAUUCUGAACUGGCCAGUGAUGCUGUGAUUUCCACUUCUCUUUAUGAAUUUGAUGAGAACCCUUUCCCUUGGUUAGGUUUUACAUCAGAAAUUGCAACAACGGUAUUGGGGUUCAAAAUGACAGAGGCCAAGGCUAAUGGGGAGCUAGGAGGGAUCAUGCCAGAAGGGGCAGAUAUUAUUAUUGCUAGGAAAGAUACGAAAUCUUCAACUUUUCGGUUAGCAAUAGGGCCUGAUAGAACUCAGCGUUACACAACUGGAGGAUUUAGAGUUGAAGUGGAGAGAAAUACAAGGGAGGUGUAUAUCCAGAUUGUUACAAAACUCAAAGUAACUUUCAAGGUGUUAGUAUUUGCAAGUGCUAAUGUCACUCAUGCCUCUCCUAUAGCCUCAUUUUCUGCAUUUCACAACAAGCCAACUGUUGCAAGCAAAACUAAGACCUCUCAUACUGACUGUAACGUUAAGGCUUCUUACAUUAUCUGUCUCCCAAAGUCACUGUUGAGAGCUGCAGCCCAAGAAAGUGGUACUGAUAAUACUGGUAAAUAUAAUAUCUCUAUCAUCUUGCUGUCACGCUAUGUCGUAAGGUAUCAAAACACAAGACUGGUGAGCAUAUCCAUUUUUAGUGAUCAGUGCUUAUUUCUGGAUGGUGUUGGCAGUCACUGGAAAGAAAGCACCUGCCGGCUUGGCUCAUAUACCAGUUGGCAAAGGGUGCAUUGCAUCUGCAAUAUGAAGUGGAGACACAAAAGACUUGUAAAACACGCGGUGUCAAACAUAUCCACUUUCAACAUCAGGUUCCUGGCAGCCAAGGUAAUAGUUACUCCCAACACUGUGGAUCUGGAAAAAUCUUUGAUAGCAGACAUACCUCAAAAUCCUGUGACCCUUUUAACGGUUGUGGUAAUUUUUCUAGCCUACCUUGUUUUGGCCCUUUGGGCCAUGAAAAAAGACAAGGCUGACAGGGUCACCAAGGACAAGAUUAUCGUUCUGCCAGACAAUGACCCUUUUGAUAAAGUGUGCUUUGUGGUCACGUUAUACACAGGCAGUCGCUUGGGAGCUGGAACCAGUGCAGAUGUUUUUCUUCAACUCGUUGGCCAGGAUGGCACAAGUGAUGUCCAUUGCUUACAACAUCCACAUUUUCCAUCUUUCCAUCAGGGAAGCACAGAUACGUUUUUGUUAACUACAAAGAAAGACUUAGGAGAUAUUUCUGCUUUGAGGGUCUGGCACAAUAACCAAGGGCCUUCUCCAAGCUGGUUCUUAAGCAGAGCAAAAGUUGAAAAUCUGUACACUAGGAAGACCUGGUUAUUUAUUUGCCGCAAGUGGCUUGCUCUCCACAAGGAUGACCACUUAAUCGAAAGGACAUUCUUUGUCAUGAAUGCAAAAGCACGUCUCUCCAGAAUUGACUAUUUUUUGAUUAAUCUUGCUGAAAACCUAAUAGAUGGUCACCUAUGGUUCUCAAUUUUUACUCAUACCAUCUCUGGCACAUUCGGUAGGCUCCAAAGGUUAUCAUGCUGUUUAGCUAUAUUACUAUUAAACCUGCUUGUUAACAUUAUGUUCUUCAAUGCUGACAAAAGUGAAGAAUCCCCAUUACACUUGAGAUAUUUGAGAUCAAUAGCAGUAGGAGUUGAAAGUGCUUUGAUUACCAUACCUCUACAAAUGCUUAUAAUUGCCUUAUUUCGGUAUUCCCCGAAGGAACCUUCUUCCUGGGCUGUAACUCAGAACCACCCAAAGAAAAUUCCUCCUCAAACAUGGAGUAACUGCACAAUUUCUGAACGGGAUGCAAAUGUAAUUGUAGCAGAGGAGGAGACAGGAACAAAGGCUAAGGCUAGGCAAAAAAGACAAGCAUCAAAUUCCAAUUUUAAUAAUAAUACUGCAUUAGAAGGGGACAACUUUCAGAUUGAGAAGAAAACGCUAAGCAAUACCUCCACAACCUUUCGCAAGAGAUCACACACAGUUUUGUGCUGGUGGUGUGCCUAUUUCUCCUGGGCAUUAAUUAUAGCUGUAACAGGACUAUCAUCAUUUUUCAUUGUAUUAUAUGGCUUGUCUUAUGGGUAUCAGACCUCAUUAGAGUGGCUUUUAGCGUCUGCAAUCUCCUUUUUUGAGGAUGUGUUCCUUCUCCAAACUGUAAAAAUCAUAUUUUUGUCAGCUCUGAGUACAAUCCUUCCAAAAUACUGUGAAAGUAUUACAUGGUUAACUCAGGAAAAUUAUUCAGAAAUUAAGUUGGAUAAAGCAAUGGAGACUGCAGAUGAGAUGAGAGAAAUGCACUGUAAACUUGUUAAAAUCAGAGGCAGCAAGCAAUAUAAACCUUUAGAAGCUGAAGAGAUUGCAAUAAUUUUGAAAAAGGCAAAAACUAAAAAGAAAGCUCUUGUUUUUCUAAAGGAUAUCAUCUGUCACCUUGUAUUUUUAACACUUAUAUUAAAUCUUGCCUAUUCCACUGAGAACACCAAUAGUUUUUACUACAAUCAAUUUAUUCAUGAUCAGUUCUCUGACAGACUUUCUGGUGUAGAUAAGUUAGAACAUAUUUUCACGUGGGUGAAUGGUGUCUUCUUGCCUUUGCUCCAUAAUGACAUUCAGCCAACCUUUCUUUCUGACAGCUGCUCCAAAACCAUUGGUUUGCCUCGGAUGAGGCAAGUACGGGCUAAAGAUACAGAGAAAAAAUGUUUCCGUCCAGGCAGUUUUGUAAAUAAAUAUGUGAUCAGUAAAAGCCACUGUCUUCACAACUAUGGCAGUGACACCCAAGAGAAAGGUGACUAUGCUGGCACUUGGGUAAGGACUGCCAAGGAAUAUGUUUCCAAGGAUGCCAGCAGUUAUACUGGAUUUACUUACCAGCCAAACAAGACUCCAUGGGUGUAUUACACCUUUGGAGAUUUGCAUAUUUAUGGACCAGCAGGAUAUCCCUUUUACUUUUUCCCUGCAGAAGGCAGGCGAAAUUCAACAACAAGGCUGGAUAUUUUAAAAAAGAGUAAUUGGCUCGAUGAAAAGACAUGGGCUGUGAUCAUUGAACUAACGACAUUUAAUCCAGAUGUAGAUCUAUUUUGCUGCAUCUCAGUCAUAUUUGAAGUUUCUUAUUUUGGGACAGUAAAUUCUAGCUUGUCUGUACAUUCUUUUGCUCUCCCUAUUUUUCAUCAGCAAACUACAGCUCAAAUGGUUGUGUUUGUAAUUGUCCUUGUCUUUCUAUUCAUUUACAUUGCAGAUGAACUUCAUAUCAUACGCCAAGAAAAGAAAGAUUAUAUUAAUAAUAUAUCCAAUCUAAUCAACUUAGGUUUAAAAUCGACAUUAUUGCUUUUUGUUGUUUUAAAGGUCAUAAAGUUUAAGAUGGGAGCAGAUAUUGUGAAAUUUUACUUACUUCAUCCAAAUGACUUUAUUCAUUUUCAUGCAGUUUCUCAUUUAGAUGAGAUUUUAAGGAUUACUAUGGGAUUUUUAGCAUUCCUUACAGUUUUGAAAACACUAAGGUAUUCACGAUUCUUUUUUGAUGUGCGCCUAGCACAAAGAUCGAUCUUGGCAGCUCUUCCUGGAAUCUCCUCCAUGGCCUUUGUGGUUGUUGUGUAUUUCUUUGUGUUUAUGUCUUUUGGCUACCUUGUAUUUGGACAGCAUGAAUGGAAUUACAAUAAUAUGAUUCACUCAGCUCAGACUGUUUUCUCUUACUGUGUCUCAGCUUUCAGAGACACUGAAUUUUCAUCCAACAGGUUGCUGGGUGGUCUUUUCUUAGCCUCUUUCAUGUUGGUGAUGAUUUGUGUCUUGAUCAAUUUAUUCCAAGCUGUCAUUAUAUCAGCUUAUGAAGAGAUGAAACAACCUGUAUAUGAAGAACCAUGCGAUGAAGCAGAAGCAGUUACUUUUCUGAUAAAAAAGCUCAGAAAUUUAUGGUACCUUUUGAUUCAUAAAACACCCAAAACUGGUGACCCAGAUCUUCUUCACAGUAUACUCUAUGGGCAACCACAGAGGAGACAUCACCGACAUUUGGGGAUCAAGAACAGAAAAAUAAAUGGGAAAAAAAUGGUUUAUCUUGUAAUAUGA